AUGCCCGGCGUCCAGUGCUUGACUCACACAGGCUCUGCCCAGCAGGGUGUAGCUUCGGUGGGACGCGAGCAGGGCCUGGAAGCCUCCCCAGAGCACUCGCGUGAAGCUGGCCUUUCUGUGUCGGCAGAGCCCACGGUCUUCUGCUAUGAGUGUACAACGUACCACCUGGGCCUGUGCUACGACGGCAUGAGGUCCUGCAACCUGAAGUACGAGCAGUCCUGCGCCACCGAGAACAUUUACGUCCUCACGGUGAAAGGGCGGAGUGCAUACUAUUAUUCAAAACUGUCAUGUAUGACCAACUGCGAGGACAUCAACAUCCUGGGUUUUGAGCUGAGGAGAGAGCUGAUCUGUUGCAAACACAAUAACUAUUGCAACAUCCCCAUUGGAUCCUAG